AUUCACUCUCUCAAUUCCAUUCGCUCCCGCGCUGAUGAUGCCAUUAUUGAAUUAGAGUUUAUGUGCUGGUGUUCAACCGGAGUUCACAAUGACUAACAAGGAAUUUUCUGAAAUUGAUCAAUUGCUGGAGGAUGGUUACAAAGUUCCUAGCUUAAGAGACAAACGCAAAGUUAUUGUUUUGGUUGGCAAAACAGGGGCUGGCAAGAGUACUUUGUCCAAGUUCAUACGCAAUGAUAAAAGCCUUAAGAUUUUUAUCACUAUUCAAGGUAUGCUUGCAUUUGCGGACGAAGAGGUAACCAUCAAUACCGAAAACCAUACCAGAUCUAAAACCUACAAACCCAACAUUGAUAUAGAUAAUCAAUCCGGUUUCUCGAUGAUUGAUUGCGCAGGUUUCAGAGACACGAGAGGGCAUAAGAAAGAUAUGGCCGUAGCUUUCAUCAACAAGAACAUUUUUGACUCGGUGAUAGAAAUGAGAAUCGUACUUGUCACUGAUUACAGCAAUCUGCUAUUAACCGGAGAUAGAAGCGCUUUCCGCGAAAGUUUGCAGCAUUUGGCGACUCUCAUCAAAGACAACAUUGAUUCAUUUAAAAACGCAAUUGGACUCAUUGCCACUAAAUCUCCACAAACAUCUCAACGUACUGAUAAUGAGGUGAUGAACGAUAUCAAAGUUUAUCUUCAGGAAACCAAGCGUCGACUUGAAGAUGAUGAGCACGAAGCCAAGGAGGAACAAGUUAAAAAAGAAAUUGGCAGGCAAAUUACAAUUCUAGGAUUAAUUUUGGAAGGUGAAGGAUAUAUUGGCUUUUUCCGUGUGCCUGAAAAAGAUGUCAUUCUUCCAAACACGAACUAUGAACAGCUUAGAAAACUAGUUUUUAACGAUUUGGAGUCUUCCUCUUUGUUCAAAAACAAAUUUCAUGUUACCGUGGCCCCAGAAACAGUUAUUUAUGUCAAAGACGUGGUACUACCUGAUGCGAAAAAGAAGAGCAACACUAUCCUGAAACAAACCAAGCACGUGAUCAUGAAAUGCAUUGCAAAGGAAAUCAUCAACAGAUACAACAAUAUUAGUGAAAAAUACAAGCAGACGAUCGAUUACUGUGGAUCAGUAGAAAACACACUAUUGAACUUCAAAAGUUUUGAGAAUUACGAGGAUCUAAAAAAUUUUGGAAUGGACCAGAAAUUAUGGGACACUUUAAACUUCCAAUAUAAGAAACUCCAUUUUUUGCACGACAUCGCUAAUAAGGAGAGUUUGAACAAGUUCGAGAAUGACGCUGCUGGUCUCUUCGGAUUGAAAGAAAACAUUUUGGCUUACGUCAUGAGCACUGCACGCUUCCACAAAUUUUUGAUCAAUCUUCUGGAGGAUGACCAAACCUACUGCGCCAAACUCUCUGAAUUGAAGAGAUUCGACGUUUACACUUUCUGUUUGUUCCAAGCUGGAUUGUCUGGACUAGGAUUCAACGAAAAAACAAUUUCGUCGGCCGCAAAUUUGAUACCGAAUGAAAAUCUGGUUGAGGAAAUGAAUCAAGUGCUUAAAUUAUGCGCUACACCCAAUCCUGAAAUGAAAACUGUUGACAAAACGACGAUUUUCUUUGGCCAACGCAUUGUGCUGAGUCAUAUUAUUUCCGAGAUUCGAAACCAAAGUAACAAAAUUCAUACAAUCGCUAUAGUGGCUGCAAGUUCCUUUUACAUCGACUGUGACGUCAACCUUCAAAACACUCAUUUCACCAUCCUGGCUCCGCAAGUCAUCGUUCACAAAAAUCGCAUUCUUCGUCUUAAUGGCGAAGAUGGGGCAUUCCACCCGAAAGAAAAAACCGAUUUCAAAAUUAAGGCGCUACACGGGAAUCCAGGUUUCAGCUCUGGUUCGUUCAGAAUGUUUGCCAACUCCAUUAAAAACUCGUCGCUAUUGCAUAUAACCAGUGUUGGUGGGAACGGAAGUGAUGGGCAAAAUGGAAGCGAUGGAAAAAACGCGGAAAUAAAAUCUGCCCCACAUUUUACAGAUGAUUACGAAGGAGAGGAAGAAACAAUUAAGAGUGAAAUUGAAAAGCCGGGAUAUGAGGUAGUUAUCAAUGAUGGUGACAAGAAAGAACCAAUGCCAACAUCCGCGAAAGUAGGGAUCGUCGCUGGAUCAAUUCUUGCAGUAAGUUUAGGUGCGUUUGCACUACCAGUCGUAGUAGCAGUUGGAGCAACAGGAAUGGCAUGUGGAGCAACUGCUGUAGCUUCAACUGCAGUAGUUGCUGGCUCAGCAAUAAUUGAGACAGAAAGAGAACAUUCAAAAACUCUAGAAGCUGUCUACAAAAACAAAUCUGGACCCACAAAUGGAGAAGAUGGUGGUGACGCCGGCUCUGGAGCAAGAGCAGGUGAAAUACAGAUCGUGGCUAGUCAUCAACAUCAAAUUAUACUGGACAAUCGGAGCGGAAUAUCUGGCAAGAGGGGUUCUGGUGGUAAGGCUGGUUCAAAUGCACCUAUGGACUUUCGAGCAACAUGUGAAUUGAAGGGGAAAAAGAAAAGCAGGUUUUAUGGACUCUUUGGUGAUUUCAAGUACAAAGCAGCUCGUGUGAAAAAAGAAAAUGGAAAAUGCUUUUCUGGUCCUAUAAAUGGUCGAAACGGAGCUGAGAAACAAGCUGAGCUGAAAUACAAGUUUCCACAAUUUCCCAUUUACAAACUGGUGAUAGAAAUUUGCAAUGCAUCGCUAACCAUAGUAAGCAGAGAACCGUCGAUAGUGUCUCUUUUGCUUUUAAUUUUCCCAGAAAACAAUUUAAUGAGCUCCGAGGGCAAGAAGUUCUUACAAGACAAAAUGCGAAAUGCCGAAGGAACCCAAAAAGUCAACUUAGAAUUCCUCAUUCGCUUUUGUACCAUUCAGGGUCGUCAACAAAAUUUGCUCCGUUAAUAUUAAUUAACACGCUCAAUAGGUGAUUUAAAAAUCAUGAACUAUAUGAUGAAAAUUAUGACGCUCCAUUAUCUGUAAAUAUAAAUUGAAACUACAUAAUAUAUCCACAUUAUGCACUUCAAAUAAACAGUCAAGACAUCGUUAUCUAAUUAAAGCACGAUAAUUUAUUUCUUUGUCACGGUUUCAUAAAAAAAAGAAGAUCAUUACUUUGAGGACUUUUUCGCAUCAGCAUCAAUGUGCUUGUAAAUCCAGGGCAGGUAAUUUUGGACGUUGGUGUAAACGCCAGGAAAUCCCUUCGUGCCGCACUUGUCCGGACCGUACGACACAACGCCGAUGACAAAUGCAAUGUACUGCCCGCUUUCGUCCUCCAAAAUGGACUGGAAGUUUUUAAAUGCGUGAAUUUACUUGAAUAUAAUUUGAAUUUUAAACUCACGAUAAGCGGAGACCCACUGUCUCCGUAGCAAGUGUCCUGCAAUUCACCACCAGCACAAAUUUGCGUCUGCUCGUUUAUAGGCAAAGGACUUCGGCACAAAUCUUUCGGAAGAAGCGGAAGUCGCGCAUAUUUAAGCCCAUUCUUCCCAGCACCAUCUGAUUUUAUUUAAAAAUAAUUAAUUAUUUAAACUAUGAGAGAAACAAUUAAUUUGUAUUUGACUCAUUCGGGAUGUCAAAAUUAUUAAAUAAUUGAUCAACUCAACCCUUUGUAAGAAUUAUAAAUUAACCUAUUUUUGGAUUAUUUAAUUUUUACCUAUAUUAACAAUGCCCCAGCCGAGAGCAAAAGCGUAUUUUUGGAAAAGAUUCUCUCUGGAAAUCGUCGGUAGACAAAUAGUGGACACGGUACCUAAAAUAAUACAUAAUUUUUUUCGCCGCUAAAUAAAUUUCAAGUAAACCGUCUUUCAUGUCCGCGGGUUGUUUCAGUUUAAUUAGGCCGAUGUCAUCCUGGUAAUUAUUUUUAAUGCCAUUGUAUUUGGGAUAAGCGUAACCUCUUUCAACGCCGAUAACUUGGGUGUGAGGGUGAGCGUCGUCGUAACCACCAAGCAUUACAGAAACUCUGCAAAGUUUAAAAUUUUUUCAUUAAAAAAAAGAGGUUGGAAGGGCUUCUUUAUUAAUUUUUCCUUUUAAUUAAUUAAAAAAGCAAAAUAAAUUUAAUGAUUUUGUUAAAAAAAAAUUUACUCUACCAAAGGUUGAAACAGGGGAGUUCUUUUCCCCCAAAAAAAGCAUUAUUUUAACUCUUAGAAACGUUUGUCUUUGGAUGUUGCACUAAAAAAUAAAUCAAAUAACAAGAAACUAUUGCGGUAAUUUUCAUAAAAUUUCAAUAUCUUCUUGGUGGAAAAAUGUGAACCUUAAACGAACCCUUGUUUCAACCCUCACCAGUGCAAAUUUUUCAAUAAAAAUUUCAAUUCGUCACUUUUCUUCCGGACAUUUUUUUUAAAUCACGCAAAUGAGUUACUAAAUAAAAACCUCUCUGUAACAUUAAAUUGUACUCACAAUUUUCCAUUAUUGCUUUUGAGACAAUGGCAGGCGGUCAGGACCCACGAGGGGUGGAUCAAGGCACCCCCGCAAAGUCGGUCAACGUGGUUUGAGUGAGGUCGGUCUGAAAUUUCACUUUUUAGGGUCAAAGCGUACUUUGGAUGAUAAAUAAAUACAGAUUGAACCGUAUUGCAGACGAGCCACGAAAUUGAACUGUCCGUCCAUAGCAAUGCCGCCGUAAAAGUUGGUCUUGUUCGUGUAAUCCUUGAGCUCGUUUGUUUUUUCAAUGAUGACUCGCUCCUCGGAGGAGGUCGUGUUGAUGCCCACCAAGAGUUUGUGCAGCGGAUCUUCGUCCUCGUCAAAAUGCUCGCGUUCGUCUUCGAUGUCGCCGCCGUUUUCCACAGACAUCUCCAAGUAAUUUGCCACUUUAUCUUUCACCAAUUUCGGUACUUCGUAUUUUGUGCCCACGAGCGAAACGCGGCCGCAGGUGCCCUGGUCAGGAAUGGUUUCGCUCAGUUUGCCGAUUGCCUCAAGCGCCUUAACUCGCUCCCGAGGGCAGCACAUCUAAAAUUAAAAAAAGAAAACUAAAAUUUAUUUUCAUUUAGUUUCGUUUUGUGCUAUGUUGCAAUAAGUUAUUAAUUUGUAUUGACGUUUUAAAAGUUUGAAAAACAUAAAUAAUAAUAACUAUAGUUUUAUGUUACAAUAAAAAUUUUAGUAGUCAAAUUUUAAUUUAUAAAC